GCUACAGCCCGCGAGCUCCAUCACGUGCACUGCGCACGACGACAGUACAAGAGCUCCCCCGCAGCCUGGGUGUGAAACUACCAAAGUGAUAUCACCACGGCACUGCUGCGCGUAGGGAGCGAUGCCACCUCAGCUGGGUUCUCAUUGGUACGGAUCUGUAGGCGAUCCCGCGAAGGCAGCAGCGACGCCGCCAGCGGAAGGUGGAGAGCACCCGUUUUUUCAUGAGGGCGACGACGGAAAGCCGCGGCGAGGCUUGGCGAAGGUCGGGCUGGCGCUUGCGCUCGCGCUAGGGGUAGCCGCCACCAGCCGCGCAGGGGUGCACACCGCGGCAGCAACCCGCAGCAGCAGCAGCAGCAGCACGCUGCAGAGCUCUGUGGACAACAAGGGGAGAGAAACGAGUCACCGGCCUGGACUGGCGACGACGGCACCGCCACCUCUCGCGUUCCAUGCCCGAAACUUUUACCACGUGAGGGACGGCAAGCCGGCCUCGGACUACCCCUGGCUGCGGGAUGUCAAGCUCGUCGAGCCCCACCGCGAGACCACCCUCUCUGUCGACGACCCUCGCGAGGGCUUCGAGUACCGCUGGCUGAUCCGCGGCGGCAGCAGCGCCUCCAAGGUUCACACGGCGGCGAGCGGGGCGGAGGCCGUCGUCGUGCUAGAGGCGAAGCACCUGGAGGAGAACCUAGUGACGCUGGAGGAGGUGGAGAUCGCGACGGGAGCGGUCGCCCGGAGGCUGGACGAGUUCGUCAUGGUGAAGUACGUGCGAAGGGAAAUCAGGACCCUCACGUACGAGGAGCGAGAGGAGCUGCUUGACGCGAUGCUCGAGUUGUGGAACGUACGAGUGCAGGACGGCGAUGGAAGGGAAAAAUACGGAGAGAACUACUCGGACAUCUGGGCGAUCAAUCGCCUGCAUUUCAAGGCCGCGAGCCCUCAGUUUUGCGAUCACUUCCACGACGGGCUAGGCUUCUUGACCAACCACGGCCUCGUCUCCAACACGUUCGAGAACAGCCUGCAGCAGGUCAACCCCAAGCUGACCCUCCCCUACUGGGACUUCACCAUCGAGUCUUCCACCGCUGGCAUCGCCGCCAACGAGCACUUGGACGACAUGUUUGGCUCCAAGAUAAAAACUCCCUUACUCCAGGAGUCUUGGUUCGGCACAGCAGACCCUACCACCAGAAUGGUACAAAACGGCCGAUGGGCGAACGUUCCAAUCCCGAAAAUGAGGGAGGGUAACCCAAGCAAGAUUGAGCCGGACGUGUACAGCAAGCUCAGGUCGCCCUGGAACGUCAACGACAGGCGGUACAUAUCGAGGGGGAUGGGGCAGAUGUGCCAUGCGCGUGCAGAAACCUUCUAUCCUUGGCCCACCUGUGAAUCCCACUACAACCUAGCCACCUCCUUCACCGACUUCUACUCUUGGGUGUGGGAGAGCCUGUACGACCCUCACGGGCCGGUGCACAUCUGGAUCGGUGGCGUGAUGGACUGCGAGGAGACCUACGGCGUCGACAUCGAACACCUUGUCGGCGAGGAAACCGCUCUCGAUCUUGCCUUGAUGGCGUUCGUGCACCGCAAGGACAUGUUCCGCGACGGCAUCUUCUCGUGCGAGGGCAGCGUCGCGGUGACGGAAUCCCCCGACGAAGUCUUGGAGUCCGGAGUGUGCGGCUGCCACGGGUACGACCUUACUCAGGGGGACGACUACCUCCAGAUAUUCGAGUCGAUGGUGUUCAUGAAGGAGCUCAUGGGCGACUCGGACGAGAACACCAAGCGGGAGCUUGUGCGGGUGAUGUGCAGCACCCCGAUCAACGAGGGAGACCACUUGCAGUCGAGCUCGUCGCUGGACCCGUCCUUCUGGUCGACGCACCCGACGAUGGAGCGGCUGUGGAUGUACUCGGUGCUGACGGGGCAAGUGACGGACUUCGAGUGGCCGGACGCCGACGUGACCUACACGGCCUCAGACGGCACGACCUACUCGCAGCCGAUCAGCAAGUACUCGGAGGAGUGCCUCGGCCACCGCGGGAGCGACGUCUUCCCGUUCGACAUCCUCGCCAACGAAGUGAACGACUUCACGGUGCAGACGGGCAUCAAGGGGAGCCCGCUGGGAGGGGGCAACACCAUGACCAACCGGGAGGUCCUGGCGGCCUUCGACCCCCGGAUCAACGCCCUGCCGUACGUGUACGACACCUUCGAGUGGGCCCACUGCGCGGAGGACGGGUUCGACUUGCGCGACGCGUGGCUCGCGAAGGGGGACGAGGAAGCGAGUAGGGGGGAGGGCCCGGGGGGCCAAGCGAUGAGCGCCAAAAAGGGGCCUCGUGCGGUCUCCCGCCAGUCUAUCGGCGGGGGUACUGUGUUCGAGAAGGACGACUUGCCGUUCCCAAUGUACGGCACCCUGAAGGACAAAAUGGCCCACCUGAAAGCGAGAAAAGAGAGUCCAGCCGGACGAUAAUGGAGAGUGCAAAGGUUCAGAGGGGAGAUCUAGAGUAAUCGGCCUUGUGUUUAAGGUCGAGGGAAUGAGAACAUUCUUGUCGGGGGGCUCCGUAGCGAGCGAGUUUGUUGUAGACCGUGUGUGUCGAUGUUGACACAAGACAAGACCUUUGUGACAUUUUGGGGGGGGGGCGGGCGUACUGGUUGAUUGUUGAAAAUGGUGGAAGAUUGUUGUUCGUAGUUCGGUGUUGGUUGUUAUGUACUUUUGCAUCAGGGUUGGUGUUUUGUGUGCUCCACAGCAGUAGAGUGGCGUUCGCCAUGAACGGGGCAAUGGAGACACCAAACCGAGGCGUCUUGAUUUUCUGGGCGUAUUUUCCUUUUUUGUGAUGUGGUUUUCGUAGCUCAUCCGACCAGGUGCUUGCGUUGUGGGGCAGCGUGAAUUCACACCUGUGUACAUGAAUGUUUUUGUUUCGGAAGGGGUAAUUGUGGCGUAUUCCUCCUUCAAAAGUAGCACGUUGUUCGCUCGCUAUAAUUUUUGUCUAGGUUAACUCGCCUGACAUCUUUUGGGGAAGAACGAGCUCUCGUUGUCUUGUUCAUCGUCCAAAGUUCUCGCUCUCUUCGUGUUGUGUCAUGUACAGAAGUACAAACAACAAUGGACAGGUUAAACAACCAUUCUGUGCAUGGUUGCUGAGGGACGUAAGGUUUCUUGAUUCCUUGCUGUCGCCUUAUCGCUCCUCUUCUGUACCAGAGCGAUAGGUAAAUGGGUGCCUCGUGGGAGGCUGCGUUGGCCAAGCAGCAGCGAGGUUUAGCGCGAAUCGACUGCAGCCCGUACGAGCAUGUGUGUCAUGCCUCGAGGGUUGAUUGCAUUGUUUUUGUGCUUGGUGUACGACUUGCUCAAUUUCCUCUAUUUCGAUGCGGUUCCUGAAAUUUGGGAACCUUUCGAGGUUGAAUGCUUUGAUUUCGACUUGUGGUGAGGGUGGGUGUGGUGUUUGCUGUGCUGUUUCGAUGCGGGAGACCUGACUCAAGGUUGGUGAUCCAAUUCAUCGCCGGCAUUUUUCUUCGUCUGAUAUUGUUGCGCGUGUUGCAAAAAGGGGCUCGGAGCAGCAGUGCUGACUUCAUUUUGUUUUAUUUGCAUGUGAUUUGAAUGAUGUGCAGUGCCGUUAUGUAGUUCAUUGUGUGUAUUGGUUCCUUCGGCAGGGAAUACCUCAACAUGUUGCGAAAGCUGAUUUUCUACGUCGUCCAUAGUGAUGCACACGGGGAGGUUUCCUGUUGGUUCCUCGCGCUUUAGCCUUGGAUAUGCAUACCUCCCCGUUGAAACUAAAACCACCGAUCACUACUGAAUGAGCCGAUUCAAUCGCCGCCAAGCAUGGCGUCUUGCAAGCACGGUUAUCAGAUUGGGCGAAUGGAAUUGAUUCUACUACGAGCAACGCUCAGUUUUCCAAAGCAUACACUUGCU